UGUGGCAGCACCGACAAGCAGCUGUUGUGACGAAAAGCCAACUCAGCUAAUGUGAAGAAAUUUUUAAUACACAAAAAAAAUUUCGCACACAAACUGUAUUGUUACUAAAGCCGUGGUUUAGUUUAAUUCGAUUGUAAACAGUGCCAGAAAAAACAGACAAUGCAAAAUGCGGCCAACGAACGCAAAUGCCCCAACCAAUACGCCGUGGAGUGAUUUCGCCAUUUAUCUGACCAUAACACUUACACUUUCCCUUUCAUGUCUUCCGACGACGUGGGCUUUGUCCGACAAAAGACUGUGCGCUGACGAAAAAUGUGAACAGAUCAUCUCUUUCGGUACGGCUAAAAUCAGUUAUACGUCUGGAGAAGAUGGCAUGCUGUCCUUUAAGAUUCAUUCGCCGGUGCGCAUAUUGUCCAAGAGCGCUGGCAACAAUCCAAAUCUGUGGGGCGUGGAGAUUAAUGGACGUCGCGGCUAUGCCAACAAGGAGUUCAUCAUGGAGAAAAGAAUUGUGAUUAACGAAAAGGAUCUCAAGCAUGAAGUGCCAGUAGUUUGGCCACACAAACCAGCAACAGCUGCUGCACCAGCAACAGCUCCCACUGUGGAUAGUCCAGCUCAAGACCCACAAGUGCCGCUGGAGCCAGCUGUGCUCAAUGCCUCCGAGUCAGCCGAUGAUAUAGCAACAACAACCACCUCGCCGCUGGACACACUAAAGCUAGCAAUACUCACUGAGCAGGAGCAAACGAGCAGCAGUGAAACACCAUCUCCCAUAACACCUGUACAGCCCAAUCUUCAGCUGGUCGAUGGCACAGAGUUGCCGCUGGAGGCUGUGGUCGCUGUUACAGAACGAACUCAGAACCUUUCCCAUGCAGACGCCACAAAUAGCGCAACCAAAAACAAUGCUGAGCUCGAGGGGAAAUCGAAAAGCGAUGACACAUUCGAUUACGCGGCAGAUGACGAGGAAAUUUACGAGGAAGACGACGACGAUGUCGAGGAAACACUUGAUAGCCAAGUCAACGAUAUACGAAACGAAACAGAAGCCGAUAACAAAGCAAAUGCUGCAGCCCCUCAACAGGCCAAAACACCUGAGCCAGAGGCGGACGCUCGGCAAACGAAUGCCUCAGACGCAGAUAAGGAAAAGCAUGCAGCCCCAGCUGGUAACGAAAGCCAAGACGCUGGGGCCCAUCCGGACGUUAUUCCUAAGGCAACUCCAGCUGCGCUGCUUAUAGAAACGCGCAAUGUCAGCGCUGUGCCCGCGGAGGAGCAGCUGAAGCUGGAGGCAACAGUUGAGCACCCUGCACCAGGAGCAGGACUUGAUGCAGAGCUGCCCAAAGAGGAAACGAAAGCUCAGCUAAUGUCGGGUCCAGUCGCAGAGCCCAAGCCUCAAGAAGCAAUCGCAGCGGUAGAUCAGGCUCAGGCGAUAAGCGAGCAGCUUGAAAAGGAUAACCAAUUAAACGAAGCCAGCUCAACUGCAGCAGAAGAAUCCAGCAAGGCUCAAGUUGAAGGCGAAGUUAAAGCGCAGCCGGAUCCCACUGUAGCAGAACCAACACAAGAGCCGAAGGCAGCGCAGUCAAAUGAAACUGAAUCCGUUAAGGUGCAAACCGAAGCAGCCAAUGUCGAGGAACCAAGUGCGCCAACUGCAGCACUAGAGACAGCAGCUGUAGUCGAUGCAAUCCAAAACGAAGCGCAGGCAAAAGUAGACGGAGCACAGACAUUGAAUGAUGUGGCUAACUCGAAGGUCACGCCCACCGAGGACCCGGUUGUGCCGGCCAGCUUGCCUCCAUUGUUCAAAAAGCAGCAUUUCCAGCAUAAUCCAAAUGAAUACUACAAACAGCUGCAGGAACAACAGCAGCAGCAGCAGCAGGAGCAAAAGCAAAAGGAGCAACAGCAAGACCAGCAACAAGAGCAACUACAGCUGCAGGAACAGCAGAAGCAGCAGCAGGAAGAGUUGCUGGAACAGCAAAAGCAGCAGCAGAAAGAACAACAGCAGAAGGAGAAGCAGCAGCAGAAAAAGCUGCUGGAAGAGCAGAAGCAGCAGCAGGAAGAGCUGCUGAAACAACAAAAGCGACAGCAGGAAGAGAAGCGACAGCAGGAAGAGCAACAGCGGAAGGAGCAGCUGCAGCAGCAGGAGGAGCUGCUGAAACAGCAGAAGCAGCAGCAAGAAGAGCAACAGCAAAAGGAGCAGCAGCAACUAGAAGAGCAGGAGCGACAACAGCUGCUGGAACAGCAAAAGCAGGAACAGCAGCAGCUACAACAGCUGCUGGAACAGCAAAAGCAGGAACAGCAGCAGCUACAACAGCUGCUGGAACAGCAGAAGCAGGAAGAGCAACAGCAAAAGGAGAAGCUGCAGGAGCAACUAGCCGAGAACGCUCUGCCGCACACCACGCCCACGCCAGCCGCAUUUGAUGCAUAUGAUGCAGUUAACGAGGCAGAGCCAACGCCUGCGCCACCAGCUCGCGGCUUGGUUGAGGAAAUCAUCGCUACCGACGCCGUGGAGCCAAUUGGAUUGCCAACAGAAACACUCAAGGAAGAUGCCGGACUGGGACUGGGUCUCUUUGGCACCAUUAUGGACACUGUCAACUCUUUCAUAUCCCAUCAAGAUCACAAGGAACCAAAAACUGCGCCACUUACAGGCAACGAUGAGCUGCAUCGUUUGCUCUAUCCACAAGCUGAUGCUCAUGGCGAGGGUUAUUGCACGCGGCCCUCGAAUGGUAACUGCCAUGCUGCCAUUACGCUGGACAAUUUCGUGGAGGUGUUGGCGGCGAAGCUGUUGGAGCAUAGCCUGUUGUUGCUUUGCGUGGUCAUUGCGGCUGCCUCGUCGCUGUUCUUUAUAUUCACCUACUAUUGCUUCUGCAACAGCAGCCAGGAGGGUGCGCUGCUCGCCAAGCUGAAUCAUCUGGAGCGCAGUCUGCUGGCCGCGCACAAGGAGAACCUGAUAAUAAAGCACGAGCUGAUGACAACACGCACGAAGCUCUCGAGCAUUGAGGAUAACUCUUUUGGCUCCAACGACAUGGUUGUUGCACUGAAGAAACAACUCGAGACGGAACUCUAUGAGAAGGCCAAGCUGCAGGAGCAGGUUAGCUCUCUGGAGAAGGAUUUGGAUAAUGCCGCCGAAGCGGGCUUGGAGCUGAACAAAAUGCUGUCCGAGGUGUUGAACAGCCAGAAUGGCGACGAGGCAUUCAUGAGCACGGUUGACGAGCUGCAGCGCCAGCUCAACGAUCAGGAAAAGAUCAUCAUUGACAUCAACGCAAGUCUGGCGGAGAAGAGUCGCGAGAAUAGCGAGCUGCAAUAUUCCUAUACGGAGUCGACAACGCGCCUGAACAGCGAAAUGAAGUCGCUGCAGCAGGAUAACUACGAGCUGGAAAUGGACAAGUCGAAGCUGCAGACGCGCCUUGAGGAAAUCCAAGCGGAGUCCGAGCAGGAGCUAGCCAAGGCUCUAGAGGCGCGCAACUAUGAAAUGCAGCGGCUGCAGCAUCAGAUCAUGGAACUGAAUGCCAAAUACGACAAAGAGCACAGCGAACUGCAGACCAGCCUAGCCAAAAUCGAGGCGCUCGAAGAUUGCCUCAAAGCGAUCAAGAAGGACGGCAAUACCAAUCUUCAAGAACUAAUUACAUCAGCGAAGACACGCGGCGAACUGAAUGCAGCGCAGAAAAAGUUUAUGUCGCUGCAAACGAAGCUGGAACAGGAACUGGCCAACAAGGCGCGUCUCGAGAGUCAGCUGCAGGCAUCCAGCGCAGACGUCGAACAGCUUAAACAGGACUUCAAUCAGUCCGAACGCGAUAAACUUGAGGCGCAAACGCGUCUUGAAGUGCUCUCCGGCUAUUUCCGCGAAAAGGAAACGCAGCUGCAAAAAGAGCUCAGCUUGCAGGAGGCCAAGUGGCUGCAGCACCAGGGCGAGAAUGCCAGCACUGUGGAGACGCAAACGCUGAUGAAGAACGAAAUUCAGAUGCUGAAAUCUCAAAACGAUGAGCUGCGCGCCGAGAUUGAGGCACAGAUUGCCUCGCACAAGGCACAGAUGGGCACGCUGGAAAAUCGUGCGCACGAAUCCUGGCUGGCGGCGCGUCAGUCCGAGCGUCGCUGCGAGGAGGCGCAGGCCGAAGCCGCCGGCCUGCGGCGCAAGCUAACGGCCAUGGCAAGUGGAUCGGGCGAUGUGUCGCUGGAUGCGCUGCCCGCCAACGGCGGCAUUUUGGGCGCAAACGAACUGACGACCACGCCAUCGCCGUUGCCAUUGCCCGGCUCGCCCGGUCUGUUGAGCAUGCCCAAUCCACUGCCAUUCCUGCCGGCGCCGUUUACGCCGUUUAUGGGGCUGCCGCCGCCAUUUUUGCCACCAUCAGUUGCUGCCGGCGGUGCGCGUCCACCGCCGCUGGGCCGCAUGCGCUCGCCGCCGCCGACCUCGUCAUCGCGCGAUCGUUACUCACCGCAUCGCGAUGACCGCGACGACUACAGCGACUAUGAUGAUUACGACGACGAUGAUGAUGAUGAUCGCGGCAUGGACCGGCACAGGCGACACAGCGGCAGCUGGGGCCGUCGCGGUUCCUAUAUGCACUCGCCGCGCACAUAUCGCUCGCUGUCGCCAUCGGACAGCCGCUACAAUUAUAACGAUACGGAAACGGAUUUCAGUCCGCCGCCGAGCCCUCCGCCACCGCGUAAGAGCUCGCGACCCAUCAACGAAGUAUGAAAUGCGGCACUGUGUACUUUACAUAAAGCAAAAAAAAAA